CCCCGCUUUCCUCCGCCCUGCUCUCACGUGUUCAUCGUUGGUUCUCACUCCCCUUCUCGCCCCCUUCAACACUCCGCGCUUCUGCGCGUCAUUGCCAGCGGAGGCGCGUCGCUAUCGCCUGGGAACAAUAAGAGUUUGCGCGUCUCGCGACUGAUCGGUGGCGACUGCCACUCGGCGGCGACUUGGACUCGACUUCCGGGCAACAGGGCGAGGAGUCGGCCGGCCAGUCCACUGGGUUCAAAUCGGCCUCGGCACCGCGGCGCCCCCCCGCGAGUUCUUGCUGGAUUCGCUCGGAGCACGGCGCGGGCUUGUCGGCACGGCGCCAUGCAGCAGCAGCAGCAAGGCUUAGACAUAGGCAAGCUACAAGAGGUAGUGAAGACCCGCUGGCUAAAGCCUCAAGAAGUUCUCAAGAUACUGCAGAAUCAUGAGCUGUUCACGAUUUCGCAUAAGCCCCCUCAGAAGCCACAGAGUGGUUCUUGGUUUCUUUUCAACCGUAGAGUACUCCGGUACUUCCGAAAUGAUGGAUUUGAAUGGCAAAAGAAGAGAAAUGGGAAGACCAUUAAUGAAGCCCAUGAGCGCCUUAAGGUUGAUAAUGUGGAUGCACUGAAUUGCUACUAUGCUCGUGGAGACAAAAAUCCAACAUUUCAGAGGCGGAUAUAUUGGAUGCUUGAUCCGGCUUAUGAACACAUUGUCCUUGUCCACUAUAGGGAUGUUCUAGAGGGCAGCAUUUCAGUAUCUGCACGAAAUGAUUCUUCAACAUUGAAUCAGAAUGGCAGUGCUAGCAGAGCUGAAGUACAUAGUUCACCUGGUUGGACAAGCGAGUUAAUUGCACAUUGUACUAAUUCGUGCAGUCCGGGAUCUGCUGAAGAAGUCAGUUCCCAAAUUAGUGCAAGUGAAUCUGAUUUGAUUCAACAUAAGGCAGCCUUGCGGAAGCUUAAAAUGCAGCUGAGUCUGGAAGACAAAGAAGAUUGUGAUGUUAAUGCCGAGGAUGUUCCAGCAGAUAAUGAGCCUAUUAUUUUACCUGUGAUUCAGAAUGAGGAGCCAGGCACUUCUAGAAAUCAUGAUGAUAUCUUUGAUGUGCUGGACUUUAGUGAAGAUCAUAUCAACGGAACUGGAACCCAUCCAUGUCACAGUGCUAUUGACGUGCUAAAAAAUUCAGACACAUGGUUAGAGGAUGAUCAACUUGAGGCAAUUCUGCAUCCAGCGUGUAUGACAUUGACUGAAAAUCAAUGGUUCAGGAUACAUGAGGUUUCUCCAGAAUCAGCGUUUUCUUAUGAAAGUACAAAGGUUAUCAUUGUAGGAGACUUCCUUUGCAAUCCCCCUCACAGUUCAUGGCAAGUGCUGUUUGGUGAUGUUAAGGUAUGUGUGGAAAUUAUCCAGCAAGGUGUCAUCCGUUGCCAUACUCCAUGCCUUGAUGCUGGAAAAGUGAGAAUGUGCUUGCUUGAUGGGAAUGGGAAGUCCUGCAGUGAAGCACGAGAAUUUGAAUUCCUUGAAAAGCCUACCAAAUGCAUGAUUGAUGGAAACACGAACCCCUGCAAUGAAGCACAAGAUGUCAAACUGCAUCAGAUACCUACCAAAAGUAGUGAGGAGCUGUCACUGUUACUACAUUAUGUGCAUACACUUUUUGAUGGUCAUGCUAGUGGGCUAUUUUCAAAUUUUAGCUUGCCACUCCAAAAUCUUGGCUGUGGAAUCCAAAGCAAUCAAAUGGAUGUUAUGAAGAAGGCGUAUAAGCAGCUGGACCCUGAGAAUGUGGUAAGUAGUGUCAUGGAAGUAUUGCUUAAUGACAAGUUUAAGCAAUGGUUGUCAUCCAAAUGUGAACAGAAUAUUGAUGGAGACCAUUUGCUUCCUAAGCAAUACCGCAAUAUUAUACAUACGGUUGCAGCCUUGGGAUAUGAUUUGGCUUUGAAGCCACUGCUUAGUUCAGGAGUGCCUAUAAACUACCGUGAUGCAAAUGGAUGGACUGCUCUACAUUGGGCUGCAAGGUUUGGCAGAGAAGAUAUGGUGGUGGCUCUUCUUACUGCUGGUGCUGCAGCUGGUGCACUUUCACAUCCGACAUCAGAGGAUCCUGCUGCCAAAACACCUGCUUCAAUAGCUUUAGCAUAUGGUUUCAAGGGCCUAUCCGCGUUCCUUUCAGAAGCACAAUUAACAACUCAUCUUGAUUCUAUCGAGUCAAAAGAAAAUGGAAAACUUGAUUCUAGGGAAGAGGGGAUAUGUCGUGCUGUGGACAGAAUAUCAGACAAAAGCAGCCACGUGCAUGGUGGAACUGAUGAUCAGCUUGCGCUUAAGGAUUCCCUGGGAGCUGUCCGGAAUGCAGUUCAGGCUGCAGGGCGCAUACAAGCUGCAUUCCGAAUUUUUUCCUUUAAGAAGAAGAAAGAGAUGGCUCUUGGGAACAGAAAUAGCUGCUGCUUGUCCAUUAGUGAGGCAGGAGCAGUUUCACAUGAUAUGCUGGAGAAAGCUGUAUUAUCUAUCCAGAAGAACUUCAGGUGCUGGAAAAAACGUAAAGAAUUCCUGAAGAUGCGAAAUAAUGUUGUCAGGAUACAGGCCCGGGUGCGAGCUCAUCAAGAAAGAAACAAGUACAAGGAAUUGAUUUCAAGUGUCGGAAUCCUUGAGAAGGUGAUGAUACGGUGGUACCAUAAAGGUGUUGGUCUGCGUGGAUUCAAUUCUGGGGCAAUGACAAUCGAUGAAGAGGUGGACGAAGACGUUGCCAAGGUCUUCCGGAAGCUCAGAGUGGAAACAGCCAUCGAUGAAGCUGUUUCAAGGGUAUCAUGUAUCAUUGGUAGCCCUAAAGCAAUGCAUCAGUACCGAAGGAUGCUCAAUAGGUACCAACAAACAAAGGAUGAUCAGGAGAAGUAAUGCUUGUGUUAAACCAACAGUGAUGGAGCAAACAGCAAAGCACAAGCCACCCACUAUUUAUUUAUCUCCCUUACUGAAGCACAAGCCUUGGUGACUGAAUGGACAGUGGAUCCCGAGUAAAACUGAAAAUUUCUUGGGUGAACUAGAACCAGCUCCAAUUCAUGCUGGACGCUGUUUGAGUGUACACAGCAACGUCAUGUGCAAUAGCUGACUUCUGGCUGAAAGUUGGUAAAGGCGAUGACUUAGUGGUAUAUGCAGAAGCUUCCAAAAGCCUGAUGAGCAAGGUAGAUGAGGUCUGAGAAACACUGCAUUCGAUAUAUAUAUGCCUUAUGUACUACCUUCAUGCAGUAGGUUUGUAGUAAAUUUGUGCGUAACUCUUCUUCUGCGUAUUCCAGAAAAAAAGUUUGUAGUAAAUUUGUACUAUAUGGUAGUAAAUAGGGGUCAACUAUUGUAAUUUGUAGCACAAUGAAUCUUGUAAGAAAUCUCAGUUUAG